GGUUCUUCUCUUUCAGGGUUAUCUUUCUUUCCUUUUUUCAUUCCCAUGGUUUUGUAAUUUUGUUGCUAAAAAAUGGAGGCCACAGAGUUGUAGCAAAGAGUGGUUUCAUUGUACCUUUUGGCCUUUAUUUUCUGGGUUUUGGGAAUCCUUCCUCUAUCUUAAAGUUCCCUUGAGAAAGUUAAGUUCUUUCAAGUUUCAACAGCAGGUUUUUCAAGAAGCAGCAAGUAGGUGUAGAUUUUAAUAAUGGCAGACAGUGAGUUGCAGAAGAAGCCCACUUCAUUCCCCAAGUUGUUUACUGGUUUUACUUUAAAAGCAAUUUCUGAUAACUCAGAGUCAAUUAUGAGUCCAAAAUCCAUACUUGAUAGCAAGCCCUUCUCAGCUUUCAAGAACCCUUUUUGGUCUGAAUCAAGCACUCAUAGAACCCCAGAACCUGAAGCCAAACACAAACUUGGUUCCAAAGGGAUUGGUCUUGCCAUUGUUGAUUCUCUCAAAGAUGAUUGUUCUGAUCCCAACUUGUCAAAACCUGUCCUUUUUGGUUCACAACUUAGGGUCCAAAUCCCAUCUUUCCCCCAUGUUUCUCCAUCUGAAUCUCCAACAACGCCAACUGAUCUUAACAUCAUCAAGACAAGAACAUCCCAGUUGAGUUCCUUCUCUUCUAUCUUCAUUGGUAGUAGUCUCUCAGCUUCUGAAAUGGAACUCUCAGAAGAUUACACUUGUGUAAUAACUCAUGGAACCAAUCCUAGAACCACACAUAUCUUUGAUGAUUGCGUUGUGGAGACAUGUUGUGGAGUUGUUGGUUUCUCUUGUUCCAAUGGAAUUUGGGGUGAUGAUGGAACAAGUUUCCAAUCGGACAACUUCCUCAGCUUCUGUCAUGCUUGCAACAAGAAUCUUUCUCCAGGAAAAGACAUUUACAUGAACAGAGGGGAGAAAGCAUUUUGCAGCAAAGAAUGCAGGUACCAGGGGAUGAUGCUAGAGGAAGGGACAAAUCAACUAGAAUCCGAUGACAUAUUGGGGACAAGUUCUUGACAUUUGUUU